GAUCACUGAUAUUUUCACACAAAAAAAUCCAUCAGAUCCAGUCCUCCUUCGUCGCAAUUGCUUUCUCGCGCUGGCUCUUCGCUGGGAUUAAAAACCGCCUCUUGGCAAGAGCAGCAGCCAUGAAUUCAGCUGAGCAAACCGUUACAUGGCUGAUUACUCUGGGGGUGCUGGAAUCGCCCAAAAAGAGCAUCUCGGAUCCGGAGGGAUUUUUGCAGGCGUCCCUGAAAGACGGGGUGGUGCUGUGCAGGCUGCUGGAUCGCCUGCUGCCGGGGACCAUCGAUAAAGUUUAUCCGGAGCCGCGCACCGAGAGCGAGUGCCUGAGCAAUAUCCGCGAGUUCCUCCGCGCCUGCGGCGCCACUCUCCGCCUGGAGACGUUUGAUGCAAAUGACCUCUAUCAGGGACAGAACUUCAGCAAGGUGCUUAGCUCCUUGGUUGCUCUAAAUAAAGUAACAGCAGAUAUUGGGCUAGGAAGUGAUUCUGUGUGCGCAAGGCCAUCAUCUCAUCGAAUAAAAUCUUUUGAUUCCCUGGGAUCCCAAUCUUUACAUAGCAGAACCUCAAAACUUUUUCAGGGCCAGUAUCGAAGUCUGGAUAUGACAGAUAACAGCAACCACCAGCUGGUGGUAAGAGCAAAGUUUAAUUUUCAACAAACCAACGAAGAUGAACUUUCUUUUACAAAAGGAGAUAUUAUUCACGUUACGAGAGUGGAAGAAGGAGGCUGGUGGGAAGGAACUCACAAUGGCAAGACAGGCUGGUUUCCCAGCAAUUACGUACGAGAAGUAAAAUCAAAUGAAAAACCCGUCUCCCCAAAAUCAGGAAGCCUGAAGAGUCCACCAAAGGGAUUUGAUACAUCUGCAAUUAGCAAAAGCUAUUAUAAUGUGGUGCUACAAAACAUUCUAGAGACAGAAAACGAAUAUGCUAAGGAACUACAGACCAUGCUUUCUAACUACCUGCGACCCUUACAAGCUAGUGAAAAGUUAAACUCUACAGAUACUUCAUAUUUAAUGGGAAAUCUAGAAGAAAUCAGUUCUUUUCAGCAAAUGCUUGUACAGUCUUUAGAAGAAUGCACCAAGUUGCCUGAAACUCAGCAGCGGGUUGGUGGUUGCUUCCUAAAUUUGAUGCCACAAAUGAAAAAUUUAUACCUUGCGUACUGUGCCAACCACCCGUCGGCAGUAACCGUCCUCACAGAACACAGUGAAGAGCUGGGAGAAUUCAUGGAGAUGAAAGGAGCCAACAGCCCUGGGAUUCUUGUAUUGACCACAGGCCUGAGCAAACCUUUUAUGCGCCUGGAUAAAUAUCCCACAUUGCUCAAAGAACUUGAAAGACACAUGGAGGAUUAUCAUCCAGACCGGCCUGACAUUCAGAAAUCCAUGACAGCUUUCAAAAAUCUUUCUGCGCAGUGUCAAGAAGUACGGAAAAGAAAGGAGCUUGAACUCCAGAUACUAACAGAAGCUAUCCGCUGCUGGGAAGGAGAGGACAUUAAAACACUUGGAAAUGUUAUUUACAUGUCACAAGUCAUGAUUCAGUGUGCUGGAAGUGAGGAAAAGAAUGAAAGAUACCUUCUUCUCUUUCCUAACAUAUUGCUCAUGUUGUCCGCCAGUCCUAGAAUGAGUGGGUUUAUCUAUCAGGGGAAAUUGCCGCUAACAGGCAUGACCAUUGCAAAGCUAGAAGACAGUGAAAAUCACAGAAAUGCAUUUGAAAUAUCAGGAAGUAUGAUUGAACGGAUAUUGGUAUCUUGUAACAACCAACAAGAUUUGCAUGAAUGGGUAGAUCAUCUGCAGAAGCAAACCAAAGUGACUACUCUUGGGAUGCCUGCUAUUAAACCUCAUUCUGUGCCAUCUCACACGCUUCCUUCUCAUCCUGUAACACCAUCCAGCAAGCAUGCAGACAGCAAGCAAAUGCCCCUGACUCCAGUAUACCACACUCUUCCACAUCCUUCACAUCAUGGGACGCCUCAUACCACUAUAAACUGGGGACCCCUGGAGCCUCCCAAAACUCCUAAGCCGUGGAGUUUGAGCUGCUUGCGGCCUGCACCUCCAUUACGGCCUUCAGCAGCACUCUGUUACAAAGAGGAUCUCAGCAAAAGUCCCAAAACCAUGAAAAAACUACUGCCCAAGCGAAAACCUGAACGGAAACCAUCAGAAGAAGAGUUUUCACUGAGAAAAAGUACUGCUGCAUUAGAGGAAGAUGCUCAGAUUCUAAAAGUCAUUGAAGCUUACUGCACAAGUGCCAAAACGCGCCAAACAUUAAAUUCAACAUGGCAAGGCACUGACCUGAUGCAUAAUCACGUCUUGGCUGAUGAUGACCAAUCAAGUCUAGACUCCUUGGGUCGUCGCAGUAGCCUUUCUCGUUUGGAGCCUUCCGACCUCUCUGAAGACUCUGACUAUGACAGUAUAUGGACAGCCCAUAGUUACAGAAUGGGGUCUACAUCUCGCUCCCGUAAAGAAUCUGCUCCCCAAGUACUGCUUCCAGAGGAGGAGAAAAUUAUUGUAGAAGAAACAAAAAGUAAUGGUCAGACUGUGAUAGAAGAAAAAAGUCUUGUUGACACAGUAUAUGCAUUAAAGGAUGAAGUUCAGGAAUUAAGACAGGAUAACAAAAAGAUGAAGAAGUCGCUGGAAGAAGAACAAAGAGCUCGCAAGGAGUUGGAAAAACUUGUCCGGAAAGUUCUAAAGAGUAUGAAUGAUCCAUCUUGGGAUGAAACCAAUUUAUAACAAACUUACUGUUGUUCUUUUCUUUUUCUUUCUAUUGAAAGACCAGUUGUCAAAUCAAGCUGGGAAGUCUUCUGACAUUUAGUCAGUGUUGCAUAACAAGCACUACAAAGUAGGACUUAACUGGAUCAAAUUAUUUUUAUUUCUUACAAUGUAUAAUAAUAAUAAUAAUAAUGAUAAUAAUAAUAAUAAUAAUCCAUUCACUUAAGCUGUCUGAACUUAAGUGUAGAUAGCAUGGACCCUGAACUGAACUAGAAUUAACUUGUGUGCAUUUAAAUUACCUCAUUUUUGCAGCAAGUGCAACAGCUGGCUAAGCAGUCCAUGACGCCACCCCAUCCCAAAAAACACUUUGUACAUAUUAUCUGUAAUUUUGAAUGCAUAUGUGAUCAAUGUAUCAGGACUGAUAACGUGUUAUAGUUUCUUCCUGUAAUGAUUGCAGCAGACAGACAUGGCAGUGCCUGAUGCUCUUCUAAAAUUUCCUGAAAAUUCUGCUCCGAGUUGGAUUGUUUUAAAUUGUUCUAGACAUAGUAGAUGUUAGUUGCAAUUUUUUUCUUUUUUGUAAUUUCCCGACCUAUUUCCCAGUAUUCACCAGCCUGUUUUAAUAACUUACAUUUAUUUAUGUCUGUUUAAAGCUUCAGACACAAUUUUAACACACUUUUUAAAAACACCAAGCUGUCAAUGCAGUGACAAUUGGCACCAUUUUGUAUUCAAGUUAGCAUCUUAAAGAUCCAAGACAGACAGUUAAGUUUCUUUUGGCAUGCCAAUAUUCAGAAUUACUAGUUAAAGGUGGAUGUACUUGCUCUUGUUUUUUUUUUAAUGGGUAGUUAUUAGAUGAUUUGUGUAGUACAUUGUUUUUUUUAUGGUUGUGCAUAUACUUUUAACAUACAGCUGGCUAGUAUUUUAAUUGAACACUCAAGCACUGCUGUCAAAACAAAAAGUCCCAAUCAAGUGUGUGUAGGGUUUUUUGUUUUUGUUUUGGGAUGGAAAAAAAAUGUAUUAUUUAUUUUUAUCAUGAUCGUAGCAAGUUUAGGUUAAUGUAUGCAUGUGAAGCAUUUGCAAAACUCAAACCUCAGAACUUACAUUUGAUCUUCCACUACUGUGCAGAAAUCAUCCCCUCCAUCUUGUAAGAUCAAAUGAAAUUAUAGUCCACAUAACCUCCAUUCCCUUUAUACAAGUAAUAAAUAAAAAAGAAAGGAAAGAGGGGGGAAACCCAGUGCUUUAUGAAAAUAAGUCUCUUUAGUUUUCUCUGUCCUUAUAAAAUGGCUGUUACGGUGAAACGCGGCACUGUGACAUUUUGGGUUGCAGCCUGGGACUCUGCAAUGUGUUGGUAAUCAGGGACUCUAUGACGUGCAGUUUUGGCAGUAUAUACUUUUAAAUUACCAUUGUGAUCAUGUACCAUGUCAGUGCGUCAGACUGAAGGUUGCGUAACAUUUCUUGAAGACAAAGGAACGAAGGGAUUUGGCUCCUGAAGUCAGUGAAUCAGUUCAAAUCCUGGUGGGUGUUAAAUAUCAGUCUUACUGCUGAGUCUAGGCAGGAUCCUGCAGCCCUUGUUCUGAGCUCUUCCCCUGCCUUAUUGUGUAGUAAAACUUUCGCCUGACUCUUAAUAGCAUCACAUAUGUUACUUUACCUGCCUAGGUAAGUAACUGGUGAUUUGGAGUAGGGGGAAACACUUGUGAUGAGAUCAGAAGUCAAUAUUGCUAUUACUGCAUGUUACAGGAGGAGCGAACCCAACAUAGGGGAGCCGUCUAAGGAGGUAGCUCUUGUGUUUCUUGUAAUGUCACCCCUAAAAGAUGACACAUGUCUCUGAUACUGUAUGCUGUAUGGUUGAUUCUUCCAUCAAACAGGCAAUCCACAUUCCCCACCCACGAAGCAAUAAGACUCAGCUGUUUAUUGUUUCUCGCUGUCAGCAACCAGAAAUGGGCAGCUAUACUUCCGUUGAAAAUAAAUGUUUAUUGUGAUGAUAAA